UCCAGUCUCCUUUUAUUUAAACUUCCAUCUAACGUUUGGAUCGUGCUUUUUAAAUUUUAUAAAAUACAAAAAGACAUACCCUUUCGACUAAUCAGAAGAAAGUUUAUGGGCCUUUCCAACGUUUUCUAAAUUGAUUGUGAACAAACGCGAAAUGGCCAAUAAGAGAUCUUUCAAAACCACCAAUUGGCCCGGAAUCCUGGACUCUUCACAUGCUCUGAGGAAGUUCUUUGAUUCCAGGCCACAGCCACCAAAUGUAAUCCUAAAGACCGAAGUCCAGGACAAACAGCCCAUCUAUACUCCUCCAACCUUUUUGGCAGUCGAGCGAGAUCAUCAAUCUUGGAUGAACGGCGCUUGGCAAUUGGCUACUUUACCUUCGGAUAUAUCGGAAGUAGCGAAAAAUAUCAAAGGGUUAAAAGACCGGCAGCGUAAGAAGUUAGAACGCAAGAUAUGGGCCAGGCCGGCGAAAAUCGAUAUUAGCAAGAGAGCUGCAGGAUUGGCAGCAAGAAACCAAGAGAAGCCCAUAGGGCAACGGCAGACUGAAAUGUCUCCGAAACCUACGAAUCGUCAAAAACCCCGUUGGAUUAAGGUCAAGACACCCAAGCCAUUGCCCCAAAAGCGACCAGUCCAAGCCUUCCAUCACCAUCGGCUGUCACAACACAAGAACAUCUUGAUCGUGGACGCCAAGAAAUUGCAGAAUCCAGUCCACUUGGCUGGCGGAGUAGAACAGCCCCAGAACAGUUUUACAUCUGGGCGGAAUAGGGGUCCAAGACUCAAGAUGAGCAGCCGUUCGAAGAAGACUUUCAAUGUCCCUCUGUGCAGUCGUCCCACGGAGAUCAUGGACCUGCGCCUUCCCUACUCCCAACAGAUGCGGGCGCGCCAAGAGAAGCUCUUCCAGCAGCCGGAGUACCAUGACCAGUACAUGCGCAUGUUGUACCAACAGCAGCGCCAUCAGGAGAUGUGCCAACAGGAACAACUGCAGCAGAACUACGAACGGCAAAUGUCCAAAAUGUCCCAGCGACCCUAUUCGAUCCUGACGGAUGCCAUGUACGAUGAUCAGCAGCAGUCAGCAGUGUACUCUGUGCCUUCCAAGACUCCGUUGAAACAUUUGAGGGCUGGCAAGCGGUUAUGCGGCAACUUUUACUAUAAAUAGUUUUCUAUAUUAAUAAACAUGUAGUCAAGAAGCCAAAGUUAGGGACUAAGAAUCCCUUGAAAUGCCUUUCUUAAAUUUAAAAAACAAA